AUGGCGGAGCGUGAUCUAACGUCGCGGCUUCUCUCUCCUCGAUCGUUGUAUCAACCUCAGACUGUUCUCAAUGUCCAAGACGACCAAGAUUCUGAACCAUCCAAUCAACAAUCUUCCCUCCAAACCGCCAUUUCUCAUCAGAAUCACAAUCACAGUCAAAUCUACCAUGAGAACGGGAACGUUAGCUCUCCGAAUCCAUACGAAUUUCUCUGGUCUGGUGGAUUAUCGGUUCCGGAACCGACCACGGCUGACCCGUUUCGAAACGGGACGCCGUAUGUUUCCGGAGUUUACGAAGUAGUAAAGAUCGUUCUGUGUUUUCCGAUUGCUUUAGUGAGAUUGGUCCUGUUUGGGUCGUCGUUGGCAGUAGGUUAUAUCGCGACCAGGAUAGCGUUAGCGGGGUGGAAGGAUAAGCAAAACUCAAUGCCCAAAUGGAGGUCGAGGCUUAUGUGGAUCACUAGGGUUUGCACUCGCUUUAUUUUAUUCUCUUUUGGUUAUCAGUGGAUUAGAAGAAAAGGAAAACCAGCACCAAGGGAGAUCGCUCCGAUUGUUGUAUCUAAUCAUGUAUCAUACAUAGAGCCAAUUUUUUAUUUCUAUGAAUUAUUUCCAACAAUCGUUGCAUCAGAGUCCCAUGAUUCAAUACCCUUUGUCGGAACUAUUAUUAGGGCAAUGCAGGUGAUAUAUGUUAAUAGAUUCUCAUCAACAUCAAGAAAGAAUGCUGUAAAUGAAAUAAAGAGAAGGGCUUCAUGCCAUACAUUUCCAAGAGUGCUACUGUUUCCUGAGGGAACUACAACUAAUGGGAAGUUCCUUAUUUCAUUUCAACUUGGCGCAUUCAUCGCUGGUCAUCCAAUUCAACCCAUAAUUGUUCGUUAUCCUCAUGUACACUUUGACCAAUCUUGGGGGCUUAUUUCUUUGGCUAAUCUCAUGUUUAGAAUGUUUACUCAAUUUCAUAAUUUUAUAGAGGUAGAAUAUCUCCCUAUACUUAUGCCCUCUGAUCAUCAAAAACAAAAUGCUGUCCGUUUUGCUGAGAGGACUGGUCAAGCUAUGGCAAGUGCUCUCAAUGUUGUACAAACAUCUCAUUCUUACGGGGAUUUAAUGCUACUUACAAAAGCUGCUCAAGUACAACAGGAAAAUCCCUGGAGUUAUAUGGUUGAAAUGGCCAAAAUUGAAUCACUAUACCACAUAAGCAACUUGGAGGCCGUGGACUUUCUGGAUAAGUUUCUGUCCAUGAACCCAGACCCCAGUGGCUGUGUUAAACUUCAUGAUUUUUUAAGGGUUCUGCAACUAAAGCCUUGUACAAUUUCGGAAGAGAUUUUUGGGUUCCUUGAUGUGGAGAAGAAUGGAUCAAUUACAUUUAAGCAGUUCUUAUUUGGAUCAGCUCAUGUUCUGAACCAGCCUCUCUUCAAGCAAGCAUGUGAGCUAGCCUUUGCUGAUUGUGAUGAGGAUGGAGAUAACUACUGUAUGAAGAAAGAAUUCGCAGAUAAUCUUAGAGUCAAAUUUCCAGACCUGAAUGACGAUGAGGUUAAUGGGCUGUUCAGUCUAUUUGAUAUGGACAACGACGGGAGAAUGAGCAGAGAUGAUUUCUUUUACACCCUGAGGAAGAACCCUUUGUUGGUAGCAGUAUUCUCACCCAGGUUGGUGCACAAAAAUCUUAUCAAAAGCUCGUGAUAAGCUGCUAGAGGAAAUUGUUUGAUGAGUGGAGGUGCCAUGCUCUGAUGUUGUCGACAUGGAUAAGAUUUCUGUGUACUAUGUUUUUUUCCCGUGUUAACUGAUUGUGGAGGGAAAGGAUUUUGGCGUACUGUUA